AUGAAAUGUUGUGUUCUUCGUCAAUUCAGCACUGCUGCCGAGCUUCAGAAUUUCUCAAUGGCUCCAACGGUCAUGCAUAGCCGCCUCAAAGUGAGGUUUCUGCAUGCAUAUCGCGUCAAUUGGACUCUCACGACACUCACACACGCAUCCUUCGACGACAGCAACGACACCACACUCACGAAAGCGACACCAACAGCAACAACAACAGCAACAGCAACAGCAACAGCAACAACAGCAGCAACAACAACAGAGAUGGAGAGAGAGAGACUCACCAUCGCCACCGACGGCUCCAGCUGGUCCGGAGAUGCCGCUGGUUGCGCUUAUGCCUUCCAGUGGUACGACGGCCAUGGCACGCUGGAGAUCGUCGGGGCGAUGCGAGCGCUCGCUCCUCUCGCACGAGCAGAAUUUGCUGAGCUCGCCGGCCUCGAGCUGGCUUUUGAACACUUGCUGGACGACUUGGAGAUCAGCAAUGUGAGACGUGAAGUCAAUCACAUCGACAUCGUGAGCGACUGCCUCAAUGCAGUCAACAAGAUCCUUGCUGUGCGGAGCGGAGCCAGCGGGUACGAAGGAACGCGGCGGGUGGAGGCGGAGUAUGGCAUCGCGGUGAGCUUUCGGUGGAUGAGGCGUAAUACCCUCCCCGAACAGCAAGAGGCCGACGAGUGGGCCAACGAGGGCAGUUCGCUGUCACCAUCACGGAGGCCAGACCAUCACGCGAGCCAGACCUUCGUGAUUGGGUACCGGUACCAAACCGAUGACACGUCACCCACAGAGGUGUGCUCAAGUCCUGGGGCGUGCCAGGCAACUUCUGCGAGACAGGCCUUUGCGAAGGCUAGGGGACUCAAAGGCCGACUUCAACCUCCACGCGGUGGUCCCUGGGCACCUCUUCGGAGGUGGCUAACUGGAGCGGUGAGAGAUCUGGUGAGAUCGAUGGCGGUGAAGUUGCAAGACUUCUUAACCGUGACGAUGUGGUUCGCAGCACAUCAGGUGGCAGAGCAAAUCAACUCCACCGACAAGCGUCCUUCACGCAAGUCAACUCCGCCGACAAGCGUAGUUCGCGCAAAUCGACGACAAAUCAGCUACACACGAUGGCUUCCACGAUGGAGAGCGACAUCGUUACGAGUGUUGUUGCUCGUCAAAGAUUCGGUUGUCUUCCACCAACCGCCUCUCUCAAUCAGUACACUCCAAGCAAUCGACCAACAAUCCGCCAUGAUACAGAAUCCGAUCAGCCGCGGAGAAUGCUCCCACAAGGUCCAAUUCUUACUCGCCAUUCACCUGAUUGAUUGGUCGCAAUCGACUGUCCAACUCCUCCAAGAAGCGAACUUAUCGCAACUCAACGAGAAUACAGCUCUCCACAUCCCUACUUCAUGCAGUGAAACACAGGACUGUGAGCUUACGCGAGCUGUGUUGACCAUAACGCUCCAAACGAGCAGUCGAAGAGUGUACGACCCAGGCUUUGAUAUGCAUCGCCUAUCUGCCGGGUCGAUUGACGGCAACUUCACCAAAAUCCGUCGACAAUUUCGGCCCCGGCUCCUGUUGCUGGUCCUCCUCUUGCGGCGGAAGCCGAUCCAACGUGGCCUAUGGCCUCGCCAAGAGAAGAACGCUAAUCGCCUACCGGAGAUGCCUCAAGAUUUCUAUGCGACGACUGGCAUGGAUGGUAUAGACUACCGUACCGGCAAACCAACUCCGCCAAAAUCCGUCAACAAACGUUGUGCAACCGACCAAACGGCAAUUCAGCAAUCCAUGGUUACAUCGCAAAACAACAACAGCGUCAUGUCACACUCUCUCGACAUCAACGCCCCGCGCAGUCGGCCGUUGAUCCAGAUCUCUGUAAUCGCAGAUCGGUCAAGGAGCGUUGUGCCCUAUGACUCGGAGGCGACAUACUACCUAUCACGCAGUGUGUGGAUCCCACUCCGCUCACAACAAUCGUCGAAGGAGCCUGGCAAUUAUCUCGCAGCAUACGUCGCCUCAUCGACCAACGAAGCCGUGGUGGUUCAUCGAGACUUCUUCAGCUUAGCUUCCUCUCCCAUCAGCAAAACUCCGCCGGGGGACAAUCAGCUAUCGAUGAUCAGGCGGCUGGCGAGCAAGACUUGUACAAGAGGUGAGAGUCGUUUAUCUCGACGGCAUGAUCGGUGCUUUUACUUGGAAACUGAUUUGGGGUUGAGCCAAGAACUGUGGAACAGUUUCGAUCCGCAAAGCUUGGCGCAGCCUUAUUCUGCCCCAAUCACGAGCACAAAAUUUGGCCGGAUUCGCGGGCCGCGAGUUUCUCUACACUCCAGCAGCUCUCAAAUGGGACGUUGGACGAUGAAGAAAUGGGCUGACAAGAUGCUAUUGCGGUGCGCCGAUGCGCGUGAGGACGUCCCAGCCCGACUAGCGACCAGCUGGUGGAAAGACAUGGUAAGCAGAUAUCCAUUUGCCAGGAUCAAAACGUCGAAGUCGGAAAGCUCUCCACAAUAUCCAACUGAAGACAACACGAAUCUUCAGUCCCUAAAUUUCACUCCUCCAAAAUUGCAAACACUCAUUCAUCCUUCCCAUACCAUGCGAAUACCACUCCUGCUAGCGGCCAUAGCCGCCUACAUCGCGACACACACAUCAGCUCAGGCCGGUCCAAGAAGACGAUGGGAGGAGGACACCCGGCCAGCCCAGCCUCUCGAUGAGGCCAAGCUCCGACGCUCGACAUCCUCUUCCAACUUCACGUGGAGCGCCUGCCCUGGGAUCCCAACGGGCAUGGAACUGCUCACCCUCAAGUGCGCGAACCUCACCGUUCCCGUGAGCGACGACGAUAAAAAGAUCGUCCCUCGCCAUCACGACGACAUGCUGAUACCCAUGAUGAAAGUCACCCCUGGAAUUCCCAAACGCACAAUUUUCUACAGCCCUGGCGGGCUGGGGAUGGACUGGGUCAGCGAUCAGUUCAACAAGACCGAUUAUCAAAGAUUGGUGGGUUUGUUCGGAAGACGGACGGAGAUCAUCGUUGUGGGCAGGAGAGGUGCGAAUUGGAUGACUUGUCUGCCGGAGAAUACCCAUCUGCGACUCGACGAGACGCCGGGGAAGAAGAUGUUUGCGGACGAAAAUGUGGAGAAGGCGUUGCAGAACAUGUGGAAGAAGGGCGAAGACUAUACGUCGGGAUGUGGUGAUUUUCACCGCAAGAAGUAUAGUCUCCCGUACCUUGGGACGAAGUGGGCGGCGAAAGACUUGGAUCUCGCGAGGGAGAAACUGGGAUUUGAGAAGAUUUCGUUUUUUGGAGAGUCGAUGGGAGGCACGAUUCUGGGAAUCGAGUAUGCGAGGAUGUAUCCAGAUCGGGUGGAACGAAUGGCUUUGGAUGGAGUGGCGCCGUACUCCUGGUACAGUCAAGAUCACGAACCCGAAGAGAUCGCCGCCGCCGCAGGAUUCUGGGACAAGCUCUGGGCCGCCUGUCACAACGCCGGUCCUAAGAAAUGCGGUUUCUACUGCGACGACAUCGAAGACAUCCGCAAAGCUUUCUUCAGCAUCGGGCCCCGCCUUCAACGCGAGAGAUAUCUCCUCGAAAUCCACGGCUACGACAACGAGGAACACGUUGGUCCCAUCUCAGCCGUUUUCGACGAGCAGAUGUGGCUCCAGUACGUCUUGAAGAGUUUAGGUGUCAAAGUCGCCCGGAAAAGCGUCAUGAACGUCGCCUCGGCCAUCUAUCAGAACGCGUGGAGAGGUCUCGCCAGCGACCCGGACCAGGACCCCCCGAAAUGGAAUCCGCCCGAAGCAGCAUACUUCCUCGCAGCUAUCGAUCAAGGCGGAUUGCAGAACAAGCCUACCACCGAGGAAAUCCGUCACCGCUUCUUCCCUGAAUUCAUGGACAUAUUCGAACUCGGCCCCGACUGGUCCACCUUCCUCCACGCCGCGGCCAUGAACUUCACCUCCAUCGAUCCUCCCCACGAAUACGACGUGAACGUCCGCGCUCCCCCGAUCUUAUUCAUUGGUAACACGGGUGAUACCAGGACUCCGCUUUGUAAUGCUAGGAAUUGGCAGGAGAGGGAGUUUCCGAAUGGGAGGCUUCUCACGAUUGAUGGCAUUGGACAUGGACUUCAGGGUGCGGAUCUGGAGGGGAAAUGUGCGAAGAAGUACGUGAGGAAGUAUUUUUGGACGGGGGUUUUGCCGCCUGAGGGGACGGUUUGUGAGGGGGUGCAGGGUGGUGGUGUCUUUCUACCUCGUUGGGUCCUCGGGAUUAUUGUUGUUGUGAAUUAUGAUAAAUUUCGGCACGAUCUUGACUUUCUUCGUGGAUUUCAUACAAUUGCAGCUGUGCUACAAAUCAUCGGCUACAAAGAGGUCUUCUCAAUACCCUGCACACGCAAAAUGAUGACGAGAAAGAGGAAUGUGGUCGGCACUGAAACGCGACCACUGCCUCAGUCGAAUUGCCACUACCUUCUCAGCUUCAUAAGGUAUAUCCAGCCAGACACGAAUCAAUCUCAUUGCUCAUGCAGCCUGCAUUAUCAAAUCUCUUGCUCCAUCACGCCCACAUCCCAGUUGUCAUUUUCCUCUCGCUUCAUCAAUAACUCGCUUCUUCCGACAUGCUAUCCUUCCAGUACCGAUGACAGGAAUCUGCUCCAGGCCCUUCUCCCUGCUCAUUAUCAUCCUAGCAUUCUCGUGUUCUGGAUUUACGAUGGAGGCUUCUUCGACAAUGUCCAGCCCCGAGCUGCCGUUGCUUGGCAGGUAGAGUGCUUGCCGAGAAGUGUUGAGGCCCGUGUCCGUGGCAGACACCUCGCUGGCUUCCUUGUUAGAUUCUGUGUUGUGUCUUUCGGCCAUCAAGCUUCCGUCUCGAGUCUGCCUGUCAAAGUCCUCUGCCAAGUCUUCCUCGAUAUCGAGAUACUCACUGCCAUCGUUGGUCACGUCAGCAAGGCUUGUGACGACGUCGCUAGGGUCUUUCUCCUCGAAUGCGAUCUGGGGAAGUCUCUGCGUCCUGGAUUAGUGGUUAUGGCGACACCCGCUGUCACCACAUCUCCGCUCGAGCCAGUCCUCCGUCUCGCAGAUCGACGCCGUGAAAUUACCGGUGGGUGUCGCGGUCUGACGUUUCUGUCAGGAUCUGUGGCGACUCCCUACUUCUCAACCUUUGCAUUGUUCUCUCGACCGGCUUUGUUCCCUGAUGGUGUUAGGCUCUACCCAGCUAUGCCACCCAGACUUUGCGAAGCUGCUCUUAUCGUCGAUCAGCAGGGGCGGCCCAGCUCAUACAGCAGAUUCCGCUUUCUGCCGCACAGGAAAUGGGGCUGGCGAGAUGGUGCUAAGGGGAGUAAAGCAAGUCCGACGAGUGGGCGAGAAGCCUGCAAGGGUCCGCAGCCGUCAGGGCGCGUCAACGCCAAGCUUUCAUAUGCCUUGCAGCGGACUCGACUCAACCUGUGCACCGUGAUCCUCAGACGUCCAGUCUCACUUUUGCGAGUGCGGUGUGCUGAAGCCAUGGACUUGAUUGACUGGGCGCGCUGCAGAAAAAGAUUCAGGGCGGCCAACCACACCCCAUCAUCCCGUUACAACGACACGGAGAGCAUCCAGGAACUGAUUGGAAAGGACAAACUGACCUCUCACGCGAAGAAGAGUAUGUGGCCGACAAUCAUCUUAACGAAAACAUGCGCAACACUGACCCACUUCCUGAAUACUAUCCACGCACAAUUGCAGCUUGGAAAUAACACCCAUGCCAAUGCAAAGGAGCACCGCGACGCCUCAAGCAAGCCUGCAUUGGAGAUACGAGGUUUUAGCUUGACUAUGGCCUCAUCUUGGCUUGUACGGGCGACGAGGCCGUGA